AAUGUCAUUCUGUGACAUUUAAAUACAUAAGUUCACCUAUAGUGUUCGUCUUUCUUUUAAAAGUAAACCAAAAACACCGGACAUGGAACCUUUAAUUGGAUUACAAAUGUGAAACUCGGGCAAAAGGAAUGCAUUCAACUAACUUAGUUCAAGUAGAGAAUUUCUGAAUUGUGUGCGGUGUCUAAUAAGUACAAAUACAUUACUUAAUAACAUCGUUUCGAGUGGUGUCGCUGAAUCCGAUAAAUCAAAAUUUGGAGUUCGUUAUCAGUACCUAUGCAUAGAUAAGUCCGGGUCAAUUAUUACUUUUGAAUAGAGGUAAUGAGAUUCAAUUGGAAUACGACACGUAAACGAAGUCGUUCUGUGGAAUUCUGGACCGAAAAAUGGCAAAUAUCCGAAUUUUUUUGUUGACAUUGAUGUGCUCAGUGCAUCUGAUUGACGGUGCAAAAAUACUGGCUGUGUUUCCAAGCGAUGUGAAAUCACAUUUUACUUUGGGAAAGGUUGUGCUUACUGAACUGGCCGACCGUGGACAUGAGAUCACCUUCUUCAGUCAAUUCACAAUGCGUGAAAAACAUGAAAACAUAUCCGAAAUCAGAAUAGCUGGCGUGAAAGAAGCUUUGAUAAAGAAAGGAUUGGAGGAAGAAAAUCACCUCACGGCUCGCUAUGAACGAUCGAAGAUUGAUUCAUUGACUAAUCUAAUCAACAGAGGCACAGCUUUAGUGGAAUAUACGCUGGAUUAUCCAGUCUUACUGGAUAUUAUGCAGAACAAAGACGAUUAUGACCUGCUGAUAAUCGACAUGUACUUAACGGAUGCACUGCUGGGGUUAUCGUAUUACUUGGACAUUCCUAGUGUGGUAUUGUGUUCAUCCGGCACGAAUAAAUGGGCAAAUGAAAUGGUUGGUAAUCCUCACAAUCCGGCGUACAAUCCAAACAUUUUUUUGGGUUUCACAGAUAAAAUGUCUAUCAAACAACGACUUGUAAAUUCACUCGUUUCUGCUUUUGAGAAAAUAACGUAUAAUUAUAUGUACUUGCCAGCUCAAGAUAUGGUUUACCAACGGGUUUUUAAAUCAUUCCUUCCUGACCGAAGUCUUCCUCCUUUGAUCGAUCUGAUACAUAACGUAAGCCUUGUACUUGUUAAUACGCAUCCGAUAUUCCAAUAUCCAAGAGCAAUCGUACCGAAUAUGGUUCAAGUGGGUGGAUUACACAUACUGCAAAGUGACAAAUCCGAAACGAUUGCCCAAGAGAUAUUUGACUAUGUUCAGGCAGCGCCUGAGGGCGUCAUCUAUGUUAGUCUUGGAAGUCAAGUAAAAUCCCAUGAUUUACCGGUCGAACAGAUAUCGGCCCUGGUAAAAGUGUUCGCGGGUUACAUGGGUAAAAUGAGAAUCAUAUGGAAAUGGGAAAAUGCUACUCUAAUCGACCAUCCACACAAUGUGAUUGUUGGACCAACCGUUCCCCAGCAAGCACUUCUCGCUCAUGACAAUGUUAAAUUGUUUAUAACAAACGGUGGACUGUUGAGUCUUAUGGAAGCGGUCUAUUUCGAGAAGCCGGUAAUUGUGCUUCCGAUAUUCGGUGAUCAGGACUUUAAUGCGGCUCAAGUCGAAAGUAACGGAUAUGGACGGGUGCUCAGUCUACAGAAUAUAACCGAAGAUUCCAUUCAGGAGGCCAUCACUGAUGUUUUAACAAAUGAACAAUAUUUGGACAAUGUGAAGCGCCUAAGUAAACUGUUCAAAGACAAUCCGAUCGAUCCGCUUGAGUAUGCCGUUUAUUCGAUAGAAUAUGUAAUGAGAACGAAUGGGGCGAAACAUUUACGUUCAGCAGCACUGGAUUUGUCCAUGUGGAGCCAGAGCCUAAUCGAUGUGUCAUUCAUCAUUGCCAUUGGAAUUUUGCUCAUUCUAGGUGUGCCUUCGAUAAUCAUUUCUAAUUUGCUAAAGAAAAACAAUGCAACGCCGAAAGUAACCCCAUCGAGAAGUGCAUCGAUAAAGAAGAAUAAGAAGAAACAGUAAAUAGGAUUUGACCGGACGAAUAAUUACAUUUUAAGUGCACGGGUUAAUGGAUUGUUUACACGUUGGGAAUUCUGGACAAUACCAAUACCGGUGUAUAAAGUGCCAUUUUAUAACAGUAAUUGUGUUGUGUAGGGUUGUUUGUUUACUUUUAUCUAGAUCGACAUUACAAUUUGAAUGGAAUACAUGUGAUAUUUUCGGGUGUUAAGAGUGAUAUUACACGUUCAGUCAUUUUAAUGUAA